CAGCUGGCAGACCCGUCCACCUCGCUCCUCCUUUCAGUUCGCCCCGUGUUAUUUCUCCGGGACUCUUGCGCGCGAAAGCGACGCUUCUCGACGCUUGGUUCCCGGACCGAUUCCUAGAUCGAUCACCGCCCGGAAAGUCGCGGGACGAACGCAGCAAUCUCGCUUGAUAGCCUCGAGAAGCCCAGUAUCCUUCGGUGCACCAUCGACACACCGUCUACGCACCGUCUACGGCAGCGCGCGUGCACGAGUCUCUCGCAGGGUAAAUCGAUCGAUUCCUGGCAGCGUGUCCGGGAACGUGUCGCGACUAGCGGCGAUUUUCGACGAUCGUUUCAGACAUGCUGGCGAUAGCGCUGUUGCUGGCGGCGAUGCUGUCGGGCUACGAAGCCGAGGGUAGCGUCCUCGUCGCGGACAUGGCCAUGUCCAGGAUGGUGGAACUGAACGCGGACGCGCCGUUCUGCGCUCUGUACACCGACCGCGGCGUCAUACAGAAGAUGAUUCUCGGCGCUGAUCCGAAGAAAGUCCGGCAAAUCUCCACCAAUCUCGUCAAGGACCUCGAGGAGACCUGCAAAGCUUCCCGAGACAAGGGAAAGAACCAGCCCGCAGGCAGUGGACUGAUCUAUCCUGGAACGAAAUGGUGCGGACCGGGUACUCUGGCCGAGUCUUACAACGAUCUGGGUCACCACGCGUCGGAGGACGCCUGCUGCAGGGAGCACGAUCAUUGCAUGAUCACGAUCCCCCCCGGGGAGUGCAGCCAUGGCAUUUGCAACAAUUCGCCGUUCACCAGGUCUCACUGCGACUGCGACGCCAAGUUCCGCAGGUGCCUUCAGAACCUGAACUCGGAGGUGGCCAACACUCUCGGCGCUCUCUUCUUCAACGUCGUACAAGUGACUUGCUUCGAGGAGAGACGACCGUGCUCCCAGUGGCAGAGUUGCCCCCUGAAGUGGGCACAUCCGCCAAAGUACGAACUCCCGGAACCACGGCGAGACCACUAUGCCAAGAAGAUCCUCUUUCUGAGGACGGUUCUGCAGGCUAUGCGCCAGGCGCUGAAGCUGAAACAACAUCUUCUCGGAGGAGCUCGAUGAAACUAAACGGGUACACAGAAUCUGUGUCGAACCGGUUGUGCUCGCAGUUCCAUUUCCGUCCCAGCGAUAAGUAUGUGCCGCUGAUGCCUCUGAACAUCAACUAGCUACUGCGAAAACGCAAGAAGAACGGACCCGACAGCCUUUGAAGAGCUGUUCCAGUUAACAGAGUUUGAGUGAGCGGGAUAAUUGCGCGCACGUUUCACCAUUUGUUCGUUUCACCUGCGCACCACGCUUGUGUGUUCUCCUCGAAUGAAUCCCGGGACACGAGGAGCGGAACGCCGGCGUCCGUUUUCAUUCGGGAGAACGACGAGCUCGGUUCAGUUUUUCUCAUUCCGAUCCACACACGCGUAAAACAGGGUUCAAUUGAAAGUCGAUGAACCUGCUCUCGAAGGUAUCAAUAGGAAUUAGUCGAUAAAACGGGUCCACUCGAAACUGAGAAACAAUUAUGGAAAUGUGACAACGCUCGGGUUCGUUACACGUCGGCCGGUGUCCUUGCGAUUCCGCCGCGAUAAACGCGUGCACGCGUCGAGGUCAACGCGUGCGGGUCUCUUCGUUCGCCCUUCUUGCGCCGCUUUUUACCGGUGAAACGCGGCUCGCGAGUAAACAAAUUUUAAUCGGCCUCUUCGGAUCAUCGGCUGUAUUCAACUUGAGGAAACGAAGCGAAGGGCGAUCGGUGUAAAGCAUCGUCGAGGAAAUUCCGGAUCUUUUUACAAGUCCGCGCGAAGUUGAUUGAAUCGUCGAUGCAAUCCACAUUGAACAUGCGCCGUCGGUAAUGCGAUGUUACAAUUACUGCUCAAUUUUACUCUUUAAUUGUAUGCAACUUUGAAAAUAAUUGCGAUAAACCCUCUGGCAUCGUUGCGCGAAAUUCUCAUAUCAGGAAUGCUCGGGUAGCGCACAAUGGAAAUUCAGCGAACGAACCAAAGAUAAUUCGGACUGUCGUUUUAGAGACGGUGAAAGGGGGUAUUAUAGCAACUAUGUUACUUCAACAAGGUUCGCGUUUCUUGCAUAUUACUCGUCGCCUUUGCUAUCCCGCGAAAUGUGCAUGCCAUUGCACAAUGAACGCGUAGCAUUGCAACGAUCCCUUUUAGAUUAAGCUCCUUCGUUAAAUUGAUGAAGCAGCGGUAUCAAGUGUCUUCGAUUUUAUCGGAGAUUCGAUGUUUCCCAUUUUCCUCGAUGAGAUUCGAUUUGGGAAAAAUUGUGAUCGGAGGGGCAGAGAGUUAUGAAGUAUCUUGCGAUCGCUUACGCAUCAGUUUAACGAAGUUUUAAAGCACCAAUGGAUUCCUCAAGGUUUACGAUUUUCUAUCUUUGAUAGUUUAACGGUGUUUCUACAUAGAUUACACCAGUUUGAACAACUUUUCAAGUUCUACGUAGCGUAGCUUAGCUAGUAGCGUUUUAACCGUUUGAAUACUCCGCAGUAUAAUUUGAUAUAUUCAAACAUACAAUUAUCGGAUCAACUUAUCUAACUAUUUUUAAUAGUGCGUAGAGAGAACAUAGAUAUUUAACAGUUACAGUACGAAUGAAUUAAUGGCGACGAUUUUGCACAAUCUUUACUGUGAUUCAGAUAAUUCAGAUGUAAGCUUGCUACAGUUUUACGCGUAGAUGUAAGCAACUGUCCGUUAUUUGCGGCUCCACAGUCGAAAUGACCGAUAGAACCAGAAAAGAUAUCCGGAAACUGGCGUUACAACCCAGGACGACACCCGGAUUUGUUAAUACCUCCAGAAGGUCAGCCGGGAAAACGUGCAAUUAAUCAACUGAGUUACAAUUAACUUUCCACGAUACCUCAGUGACAUUAUUAUUUCCUAACGUCCUUCAAUCGACUUUGAUGAUACGGUACCGAUCUCCAUAAUGCAAUGAAAGCUGAUGCGUCGACGUGAAAGACACAUAUCUGCAUUCGACAUUCUCGUGAGAAUGUUUGAUCGAUAAUCAUUAAAUCCACCUUGAAAGCAAGACAUACCAGCGGAAAUAUAUUUUUGAAUAUUUAUUGUAUAGUAGAUUGGAUUAUCGAGAUUGUACCGUGUUAAACGAGUGCGGGAUAAAUAUACGUAUAUAAGUAGCCGACUUUUUAAUUGCUAUGUACAAUACUAGGGUAUGUUAGUUUAUUAUAACGUAUAAGUCUUUAUAAGUAAUACUGCUUGUAUUACGCUAUUUAUACAUACUUUAUCGCAAUAUGAUACUCUUCCGAAUUACCGUAUAAUUAUAAUGAUUACCGUAAACAGUCCACGUUAAGUACACAGAUGGGAAUAUACACAUAUAUAUAUUUUAGCUCACGAUACGUAUCACGCUUUAAUAGUGCAGCUGUUAUAUCUUCUGUUUAAACAAAGUUAAUCCAUUCCAAGCGCGAACGAUUCCAAGUGAUGUUUUAAGGAGAGAAUCAAGUGUUGUCAGAAUAAACGGCUACCUUUCAGCGGAUCA